AUGGCUGUGGCUCCCCUGGGAAGACAAACCUGCUGGACUGCCCGAGGUAGUGGAGGAUUAAGACGCCAGGCGUUUUACCGGACGUUCUCCGUCUCUGCACACCGCAAGCAGAUUCUAAGCGCGGCAUCCCUCCCUGACCGAAUCACCCCUCAUUACCAACAGAGGUCGAAGACCGGUUCGCUGCUCUCACUGCACUGGCCGCAGCCGCCCCGGAACGUGCUGCUCAUGCCUAAGCUACACGCACCACACGUCACAGUAAAGGCCAUCGAGUUUGCCAAGCACAUCUACAACAACUAUCCGGGGCUCAACAUCGUCUUUGAGAGCCACGUCGCCAAUGACAUCCACGAGGCUCUCCCGUUCCCCAUCUACGUCGUCGACCCAGGCCUUGCCACGACCCUUUUUCCCCAGAAGAUUGAUCUUGUUACAACCAUGGGCGGAGACGGCACCAUUUUGCGAGCCGCCAGCCUAUUUUCCACGCACAACAGUGUCCCGCCAAUCCUCUCCUUUAGCAUGGGAACCAUCGGCUUUCUGGGUGAGUGGAACUUCAAUGAGUACAAGCGCGCUUGGCGGGAAUGCUACAUGAGCGGCUGCUCGGUGGCUGUUGAAGACCUCGUUGAUCCCCACACAAGCGCGGCCGUGAAGGGCACAUCACCUUCAUCGGAAAGCCAACUUGACUUCUCCCCUACCCCGGGGGGCUGGGACAGCGUCCGCGGCAAUGGCCAGUGUAUGGGCCUAGCCCGCAGUUCCAAAAUUCUCCUGCGCAACCGGCUGCGGGUCGGCAUCUACGAUAGCGACGGCCGUAACAUCAACGAGCAACUCCUACCUACUUCAACCGCCGAACCCGACCUCGGCCCGCCAGGUAACUCUACCUCCUCCUUAGACUCAUCCAACAAAGACAGCGAGAGCAGCGGCAGAAGCAGCAGUAGCAGUACCAGAGACAGAAAACUUCUCACCACUGACUCCGCCCUGUCACCCCCUUACAUACACGCCAUCAACGAAGUCUCCAUCGACCGCGGCUCCCACCCCCACCUCGCUAUCAUCGACAUCUAUAUCAACUCCCAUUUCCUCACCGAAGCCGUUGCCGACGGCAUCCUCAUCAGCACACCCACAGGCUCCACCGCCUACUCCCUCAGCGCCGGCGGCUCCAUCAUCCACCCACUCGUCAAAUCGCUCCUCCUCACCCCCAUCAGCCCACGCAGCCUCAGUUUCCGGCCCCUAGUCUUACCCCUCCAAACCCAAAUUGUUCUCAAACUCAGCAAACGCAACCGCGGCCGCGAGCUCCCCGUCAGCAUCGACGGUAAGCGCCGGGUCGGUGUGACGAUCGAUAUGGAGGUGCGCGUAGAAGGGGAACCGUUGGAAAAGGGACCGGACGGGUGGCGCGGUGGCGUGCCGUGUGUGAUUCGGUCGACGUCGAAACGGGGCCGGGGCGGUGCUGGCGGGGAUAUGGACGGCAUCGCCGAGGAUGAUGAUUCGUGGGUGGGCGGAUUAAACGGGCUGCUAAAGUUCAACUAUCCUUUUGGUGAACCCGGUGAAGAGGCGUAG